AUGGAGCUGGAAGCGCUGCGCUCAAUCUACGAGGGAGAUGUGUGCUUCAGGGAGCUUAGCCCGGUUUCCUUCCAGUACAGGAUAGGUGAAAAUGGAGAUCCCAAAGCCUUUCUAAUAGAAGUUUCUUGGCCGGAAACAUAUCCACAAACAGCACCAGUCAUAUCCAUGGAUGCUUUCUUCAACAACACAAUAUCUUCAGCUAUUAAACAAAGUAUACUGGAUAAGUUAAUGGUAGAAGUUGAAGCCAAUCUUGGAACUGCUAUGACAUACACACUUUUUGAAUAUGCCAAAGAUAAUAAGGAGUUGUUCAUGGAAAAUCAGCCUGUUAACACUGUGACUUCAGUAAGCAAUAGUAUUGCAAUUGGAACUCCCGACGUGCCAGCAAGUAAGAAAAAAGACAAAAAGGAGCAGUUAUCCAAAACCCAGAAACGAAAACUAGCCGAUAAAACAG